AUGGAUUCAACGAGGUUUGCUCCGACCAUCUGCGCUCUGAUCUUCGUCGCGCUCUUCGCUUUCCAUGGUAUCAGUCUCGCUUCGCCUGACGAAGCGAAGAAGCUGUACAUCGUCUACUUGGGGGAGAAAAGAAGACUGCACGAGAACGCUGAUGACGCCACUGCCUCGCACCACCGCAUCCUGGCUUCAGUUCUCGGAAGCGAGGAGGCUGCUUCCAGGUCGAUGGUGUACAGCUACAAGCAUGGGUUCUCUGGCUUCUCCGCCAUGCUCACAGAAUCGCAGGCCGGGAAACUCGGAGGGCUACCUGGUGUGACGAGCGUGAGGAUGAACCAAGUCCAUAGUACGCAUACAACUCGCAGCUGGGACUUCAUGGGGCUGCCGCACGACCAGCCCAACGGAAUUCUGGCGAGUGCCGGGAUGGGGGAGGGUGUCAUCAUCGGUGUCAUCGACUCAGGUUAA